AUGACUCGGCCCGGCGACCCCGCGCGCCCCGCGCCCCCCGCGCGGCCUGACUUCUCCUCCUACUACCAGAGCGGGGGCUGCGCCGUGACGUCACACGCGCGCCCCGCGCCCCCCGUGCUGCUGCGCCGCCCCACCUUCGUGUCCGUGUACUCGGCGGUGGGCGCCCCCGCGGCCCCGCGCUGCUGCUGCGAGCAGUGCGCCUCGCUCGCCUGCCCCGUGCGCGCCACGCCCCCCGCGCCCGGCGGCGGCGAGAGGCCGGCCGGGGAGGCCCCCUCUGCCGCGCCCCCCGCACCCCCCGCGCUACCCACAGCUUGCAUGGGCAGCACACUGUGCGCUGACCCCGCCUGCCCCGCGCAGACCAGGAACAUCCCGCGCUGCCUGUUCCCCCCCGACCCCCCCGAGCCGCGGCUGCAGGCCCGGCCCCCCGUCGUAGUGGUGAAGGAGAGCCCCGUGCCCGAGCCCGCGCCGCCGCAGGGCACGUGCAGCAGCGGGUGCGCCGGCCAGCGCGCCGCCAGCGACGACUCCGCGGAGGAGGAGGACGAGGAGCCCACGUGCGCGCCGACCUGCCGGUUCUACCGCGAGCCGGGGCAGGAGCCGGAGCCGCUCGACGAGCCCACGGAGUACACGCGCCGCCCGCGCAGGAAGAAGAAGAAGAAGCCGGCGGCGCCGCGCUGCUGGUCCACCCCGCGGCGGGGGGGGACGGGGGGGCGCGCCGCCGCGUGUCCGCAGUGCGCGCUGCUGCGGCACCGCGAGCUGCCCUACGGCCCGCGCCCGCCCUCGCGCUACCACCGGGACUGCGGCCGCGAGCACACGGGGCCCAGCUCGUGCGCGCUGCACGGGCCGGACGGGGGCCGCGGGGGACGCGGGGGGCGCGGGGCCACCGCCUGCCCCCGGCCCCGGGAGUGCGGCCGCGGCCCCCGCCGCGUGCUGCCCUCGCGUGACCUCGACCAGGACGACGGCAACAGAAGCAAAGACUGCUCGUGUAAGCGAAACCGAAAAUAG